UUGCAUAGGUUUCGUUGUUUGAGCUAUACAAUACAACACACAAAACCUGUUCAAAAGCAAAUUACUAAAUUCUUUGACUUAUUAUAACCUAUCAAAGACAAAAGGCAAAAAUUAGAUCGUAUAUAUACACAAAAUAAUAUGCCUCACAAGAAUUUUUUUCUAAGCCCGCGUUCACGUUCGCGAUCACGCUCGCAGAGUGUAAACCGUAAGCCGACUGCAUCCACCCGCUCUGCUAGUCGUGGGCGUACCGCUACAAACAACGUGAAAACAGCUGUGAUGAGCCCCGACGAGGCUUAUUACAUGAAUACUGAGCGCCGCUUCACGCCUGAAAAAGACCAAUGGAAUGGCACCUACGAAUUUGGUGGGACGCUCGGAACACUGGGUAUCAUGAUUUUUUCACACAUCAUAAUUUACUACUUUUAUGUGUGCGUUGCGAAGUUCGAGGGUACCAUCAUUUAUCCCGGCCACGCCAUGCUCAAUGGCGAGCGCAUGGAUAAAGUUUUCUUGGGCUACUUGGUAGAGACGGCCCGCCCGACCUGGAGAGCAUUUGUCAUCUUUUGGAGUUUUCUGCUUUUUCAAUACAUUCUUGCAGUAAUCUUGCCGGGAAUUUCUGUGAAGGGACUGCCACUGGCGUCGGAAAAUGGAUACCGCCUUACUUAUCGAUGCAACGCUGUUUCAGCAUGGUAUGUUCUGAUCAUCACGGCUUGCAUUCUGCAUUACACUAAAAUUUUCGACUUGGGUGAGUUGUGCCGACAUUACGGUGAGUAUCUCACAGCCGCUACCGUUUCAGCAGAUUUCAUUUCGGUUUGGGUCUAUAUAGCCGGAUUGAAGCACCAAAUUCGUAUGACACCGAGUCUCAUCUACAACUUCUUCAUGGGUUCCGCGCUGAAUUAUCGUCUACCUGGCGAUGUCGACCUGAAGCUCUUCGCAGAGUGCCGCAACUCGUGGAUGCUACUUAUGUUACUCGUUGUCAGCUGCGCUAUCGAGCAGUACAACGAGCUGGGGCGCAUCUCUAACAACAUGGUUGUUAUCUUUGUAGCCCAGCUUCUUUACGUAAACGCGGUUCAAAAAGGGGAAGAGUGUGUGCCCACGACAUGGGAUGUGUUUUAUGAAAAGUUUGGUUGGAUGCUGGCGUACUGGAAUACUUGUGGUGUUCCUUUUCUCUAUUGCAUGCAAGCCCUCUACAUUCAAAAAGUUUUGAAGGGCAACGAAUAUUCAAGGUCUACUGUGGUCAUGAUGUUGAUCAUCCUAAUGGUAGCGUACUAUGUAUGGGACGUCGUUGGCUCUCAAAAGAACCGAUUCCGUAUGCGUCGCAGUGGGGUGCCGAUGGAGAUCAUUCGCCGCCGCACCUUCCCACAGCUACCUUGGCGCUACCUUGAGAACCCACGCACGCUUAAAAGCGCUAAGGGAGAAAUCCUUAUUGAUGGAUUCUAUCGCUACGGGCGUAAGAUUAAUUACACUUCGGAUCUGGUAAUGGCCUUCUUGUGGUGUAGCUCAUGUGGCUUUAAAAGUUUUAUCCCAUUCUUUUACUUCUUUUUCUUCCUUACUCAUCUGAUUCACCGUGUAGCUCGUGACGAAGCCCGAUGCCACGCCAAAUAUGGAAAGUUAUGGGAUGAAUAUAAAAGCGUUGUGCCGUACAUAUUUAUUCCGUACGUGUAUUAA